CGUUCCUAUUUGGCCAGCCGUGUCGAGAAAGGAACUGAGAGAGGGGAGGAGAGGAAUCCAAGAAUCCGUCGCCGACGUGCGAGGUCCUUCGGCCAUGGCUUCCAAGCGGAUCCUCAAGGAGCUAAAGGAUCUUCAGAAGGAUCCCCCCACGUCGUGCAGCGCAGGUCCAGUGGCUGAAGAUAUGUUCCAUUGGCAAGCAACGAUAAUGGGCCCACCUGACAGUCCAUAUGCAGGGGGAGUCUUUCUAGUUACUAUACACUUCCCUCCAGAUUAUCCAUUCAAACCACCAAAGGUUGCUUUCAGGACCAAGGUUUUCCAUCCAAACAUCAAUAGCAAUGGAAGCAUUUGCCUUGAUAUCUUGAAGGAGCAAUGGAGUCCAGCUUUAACUAUUUCUAAGGUAUUGCUAUCAAUCUGCUCGCUGUUAACGGAUCCAAACCCAGACGAUCCAUUGGUUCCAGAAAUUGCCCACAUGUACAAGACAGACAGAGCCAAGUAUGAGGCCACUGCAAGGAGCUGGACUCAGAAGUAUGCAAUGGGUUAGCACCAAAGACCAUGAAAGGUUCCCAUGGACUCAGCACUUGCUAAUCAUGUGUGGAGGCAUGCUGUGUUCUGUUUGUAAAAUUGGAAGUAACCUACCCGUGUCACUUAACCUGCUUGAAGACUAGAAAGUUUCAAGCUUCAUCAAGCUUUUCAAGUUUGGUUGUAAUUGAUUGUUUGCAUGGAUAUUUUAGUGUUUGAACCAUAAAAUUCUCUUGCGUUGCUUGGAUUA